AUGAGUAGACAUAAGAUUAAAUUCAACGCCAAAGGACGUCGUAUACGCUGUAUCGCACAUAUCAUUAAUCUAUCCCUUCAAACCUUCCUUCUCGCAUCUUCUAAAGAGGCUCUAGUCGCAGCACUUAAUUCAGCAUCCGGUGUCACUGGAGAGGAGCUUCUCUCCCUGUUUUCCAAGGUCCUAGCCUCUCAUCGAAAGAAGGCUGCCACCGAACAAAAUAUAGCAAAGAGAAAGAACGGAGAGCCGGCCAGAAAGCACAAGCGCAAGGGCAGCACGGCUAGCAAUACGUCCGUGAUAUCAGCUGACGGCUUUGGCGGCGUUGAGAAUGUCCCUGCAUUACGCAAGCUUCACGGCUUAGCUGUGUGGCCAAGUUCAUCAAGCCUCCACCAGAAUGCGUGGGAUAAGGUAGUGGGACUGCGUUUAGGGAUGGAUAAUCGCACCCGCUGGUCGUCCUGGUAUCAGGUUAUUGAUCGUGCGAUUAGGAAGAAGGACAAAAUCCAGCCCUUCAUGUCUGAUCACGAAGAGGCCAUCGGAGACAAUCGGCUAUUAGUUGGAGAUUGGGAAGAAAGUACAUACGUUUCUUCAGCCAUUUGCUUCAGCAACAUUAAGAUAUAUCAAUUGGAUGAACGCUCCGACGAACGGAUGGUUCGAGCCAUCGAUAUGGGAUGGUUUAUCCUCUCUAAAUACUACCGCCUAACUGACGAGGUUCCCGUAUACGCCGCCGCUCUCCUCCUUGAUCCCCGCAAACGCAUCGCGUAUAUCAAGCAGAACUGGCAAAAGGAAUUUAAUUACGAGCAACCCAGCGACCAUCCCUCCACCCCAACGUCGAUGCCACCACCGCUGGCAAAGAAGCCAAAUCAACUCGCGAUACUAUCAAAGAAGCUGGAUGAUUUCACUAGCUUCAUCAACGUUGAUGCAACAGAUAUCCCUCCGGAUUGCACGCCUCUGGAGUGGUGGUGUCAACCACAGCAGAGAAAGCAGUAUCCGAAACUUAGCUUCAUGGCUAUUUGCAUUAUUCCUAUCCCAGCAGAGUCAUCGGAGCCGGAGAGGACUUUUCUGGGGCAAGAAGAACAUGUUCAUGGGAUAUAUUACGAUUCACAUGUAACAUUAUCGAGAUGA